CUGUGCCCCUGAGCUCCCCCGGUAUGUGGCUGGGGCUUCUUCUGACCACCACUUUCCUCCUUUCUCCAGUUCCAGUAAAUGCUAUCAAAGAACUCCCUGGAGUAAAGAACUAUGAAGUGGUUUAUCCCAGAAGACUCCAUCCAGUACAUAAAAGAGAAGUCAAGGAGGCAGAACAACAGGAAAAAUUUGAAACUGAAUUGAAGUAUAAAAUUACAGUUAAUGGGAAAAUUGCAGUGCUUUACUUGAAAAAAAACAAGGAUCUCCUUGCACCAGGUUACAUGGAAACACAUUAUAAUUCCACUGGAGAGGAGGUCACCACAAGCCCACAAAUAAUGGAUGACUGUUAUUACCAAGGACACAUCAUUAAUGAAAAAGUUUCAGAUGCUAGCAUCAGCACAUGUAGGGGACUAAGGGGCUACUUCAGUCAGGGAGAUCAAAAAUAUUUUAUUGAACCUUUAAGCCCUACAAAUCAGGAUGGACAGGAACAUGCACUCUUCAGUUAUGAUCCAGAGGAAAAGACUAACAGCACCUGUGGGACAGAUGACAUACUACGGGCACGCGGAUCUCAGCAGAGUAUGGUUCUACCUGCCACCAGUCUGGUGAAGUCAAAAGACCAGAAGGGUUUGGAACAUAAGAAAUACAUAGAAUAUUAUUUGGUCCUGGAUAAUAGUGAGUUUAAAAAGUACAAUCAAGAUCCAAAGGAAAUAAGAAAGAGGGUGUUUGAAAUGGCCAAUUAUGUCAACAUGCUUUAUAAAAAACUCAAUACUCAUGUGGCCUUAGUCGGUAUGGAAAUCUGGAAUGAGGGGGAUAAAAUAAAAAUAAGUCCAAAUGCAAGCUUCACCUUGGAAAAUUUUUCUAAAUGGAGGGGAAGUGUCCUCCGAAGAAGAAAGCGUCAUGAUAUUGCACAAUUAAUCACAGCAACAAAACUUUCUGGGACAACCGUGGGCCUUGCUUUCAUGUCUACAAUGUGCUCUCCUUAUCAUUCUGUUGGCAUCGUUCAGGACCACAGUGACAACAUGCUUAGAGUAGCAGGGACCAUGGCCCAUGAAAUGGGUCAUAACUUUGGAAUGUUUCAUGACUCCUAUGUUUGCAAGUGCCCUUCUACAAUAUGUGUGAUGGACAGAGCACUAAGCUUCUAUAUACCCACAGACUUCAGUUCCUGCAGCCGUGUCAGCUAUGACAAGUUCUUUGAAGAUAAAUUAUCAAAUUGCCUUUUCAACGCUCCAUUGCCUAGAGAUAUCAUAUCCAUCCCAAUCUGUGGGAAUCAGCUGGUAGAAAUGGGAGAGGACUGUGAUUGUGGGACUCCCGAGGAAUGUACCAACAUUUGCUGUGACGCUAAAACUUGUAAAAUCAAAGCAAGUUUUCAAUGUGCAUUAGGAAAAUGCUGUGAAAAAUGCCAGUUUAAGAAGGCUGGUGCAGUGUGCAGACCAGCAAAAGAUGAGUGUGAUCUGCCAGAAAUGUGUGAUGGUAAAUCUGGUGUUUGCCCUGAUGAUAGAUUCCGAGUCAAUGGCUUCCCCUGCCAAAACGGGGAGGGUUACUGUUUGAUGGGGAUGUGCCCCACUCUGCAGGAGCAGUGCACGGAGCUGUGGGGACCAGGUAAGAGGACAAGUCCCAGUGUUGCGGGCAUUCCUGCCUCCAUACACAUGAAAGGAAAAAUGAUGUUGUAACAGGUG